AUGGCCGAGACCAUCAACGAGACGAGGAGAAUCGCGCGGCUCAUUCGACAUCCUGAUCAUUGUCCUGUGACUUGUGCUUGGACGUUCGAGACAUGCCAGCAGGCCAUGAGAGGGAGGUCCGUCCCCGACAACCUCAACUGCCCGGUGGUCCGAUUAUGCAUCGUCAGCGGCAUCAGACAUAACCCAGGUUACUGCGACGAGUUGAGGUCCACCAACGAUGCCUACUUUAUCAGAGCUCUCAACGCUCGCGACAUUAUGAGUGGCAAGAUCCCCGAGAUCUUGGACCCAGAUCAUGUGCCAUACUGCAUAUGGUAUCCGGAGGUCGGCCCCGAGGCGGUCUACCGGCAGCUAGCACAGCGUUAUCCGCCUUUGAAGUACAAUGUCGGUCGCGCAUGUGCCGUCGCUGGCUAUCACGAGCUUUAUGAGUCGCUCGGCUUGCUCCCAGACUUGGCCAUUGCCGAGGAGGCGCGCGACAACAUGAGCCGAAACCCCAAAUCGAAGAUCAUCCUGGACGCAGUCUUGGGUCAAAGCCAGCAGUGGCUUGUUAUGGACGACUAUUCUCGAUCUGUCAGGGAGCAGCCAGAGCGAGCGCAUCACGGCCUAAAUGGCGACACUGCGGUUCGAUCGACUCUGCAGCGACGGCGCAAGCUCGAGGACCCCGGGAUCCAAGGCUCUCCAGACCUUGACGACCCAGACUACGAUGAGGUCUCAAUCUAUCAUAAUAUCACAGAGGAUUUCAACAUUAGCGAGAUUGAGUCUUCUCCCUACGACCAAUACAGCCAGAACACUCAAAUCACAGAUUUACUCUGGUCGCCAUUACCUCAGCACUUGCCCUCUGGGAACAAGGAUAUUUUGAUCCUAAUGGCAGCCUGGUACGGCGAUAUCGACCGCUAUUCUCGACUACGUCGGGCGGGAUUCCGCCUAGACCGGGAGGACAGCUUCAUCACCCGUGGCAUCUACCAUAAUGUCAUGUUCGCAAAGUGGUGGACUAUGCAGCCAGCUGGGGAGAGAGCCCCUUUCGAGAUGGCGAUCACUGCUCGGUACAUAAUGAGCAAUGACCUUUCUCGUGUCCCCGUCGUACCAUUACCACACGCACCAAACCGCCUAUGCGGACACCUGCCAUACGUCAUCUGGUUUCCAGAUCAAGCAAUACACGAGACCUAUGAAGAGCUUGCCAGACGCCAGCCAGGGAUGAAGCCAGCUGUUGCCCGGGCAUGCAUUGCGGCCAAUCUGCCAGAGUUAUGGGCACUCCUCGAUCCCGAGCCUGAUAAGGGGCUAUGGGAAGAGGCAGAGAAGUCUGCCAAUCCGAUGUUCAGGGACUACCUCAAACGAAGGUGCGCAGAGGCGGGCAUCAAUCCACUGGUCCGGGAUCUCCCACAUCCAAUCGGUCUGGACCAAGCACAAUACGAACACUAUUACCUAUCUCCAAGCUACUUUCGAAAGUCCCAGCUUCCCCCCUGUCUCACCGUCAAGCACUUCGACUGGGGUGAGGUGCCUCAAACCGGGCGCUACAAUGGCUACGAGGCCGACGUGAGCCAGGUUGAACUUUUCGCCUGUGCACCAGAAUCCUUGCGGCCUCCUGCUCAUGCCAAGUGCUUACAUGUGAACGAGGUGUACCGGGCCAUGAAGGACCGUCCGCCGACCUCGCCACUGACGCCGUUCGUGGAAGACGGGAUAAAGGGAAUUCGAGAGCCGCCGAGACCGUGGCCAUCUUGGUAUUAUCGUGGUCGCAGUCGUCGGUUUGGAGGGCCCAGAGGGGUUCGAGGGGGACGCAUCCGUCCUGCCGGUGGACGCAACAUCUGA